AUGGAACAGUCCAAGCCAGAGGCCUUGCCUGCGGGCGAAGCGGCAUCCUGCUCCUCCUGGGGUGCCGGCAGUUCAAAUACAGAUUUGCCCACCAUGUCAACAGAAUAUGUGGAGAUUGAUGAUGCAUUGUACAGUCGACAGAGGUACGUUCUUGGAGACACAGCAAUGCAGAAGAUGGCUAAGUCCCAUGUUUUCUUAAGUGGUAUGGGUGGUCUUGGUUUGGAAAUCGCAAAGAAUAUUGUUCUUGCAGGAAUUAAGGCACUCACAAUCCAUGAUACAGAAAAAUGCCAGCCAUGGGAUCUAGGAACCAACUUUUUUCUCUGCAAAAAUGAUGUUGUAAAUAUGAGAAACAGAGCUGAAGCUGUACUUCAACAUAUUGCAGAACUAAAUCCUUAUGUUCAUGUCACAGCAUCGUCUCUUCCUUUAAAUGAAACCACAGAUCUCUCUUUCUUAGAGAAAUACCAGUGUGUAGUCUUGACCGAGAGCAGACUUUCAUUACAGAAGAAGAUUAAUGACUUUUGUCGUUCUCAAUAUCCUCCAAUUAAGUUCAUCAGUGCAGAUGUACAUGGAAUUUGGUCACGGUUGUUUUGUGAUUUCGGCGAUGAAUUUGAAGUUUUAGAUACAACAGGAGAAGAACCAAAAGAAAUCUUUAUUUCAAACAUAACGCAAGCUAACCCUGGCAUUGUCACUUGCCUUGAAAACCAGCCUCACAAACUUGAGACGGGACAGUUAGUAACAUUUCGAGAAAUUAAUGGGAUGAGAGGGUUAAAUGGAUCUACGCAACAAAUAACUGUGUUAUCACCAUUUUCUUUUCAUAUUGGUGAUACAACAAAACUGGAACCAUACCUACAUGGAGGCAUAGCUGUCCAAGUUAAAACGUCUAAAGUUUUUCAUUUUGAAUCACUGGAGAGGCAAAUUAAACACGCAAAAUGCCUUAUUGCAGACUUCAGCAAACCUGAGGCACCGUUGGAGAUUCAUACAGCUAUGCUUGCCUUGGACCAGUUUCAGGAGAACUAUAGUCGCAAGCCAAAUAUUGGAUGCCAACAAGAUUCGGAAGAAAUGUUGAAAAUCGCAACAUCUAUAAGUGAAACACUGGAAGAAAAGCCUGAAGUAAAUGCUGAUGUUGUGAAUUGGCUCUCUUGGACUGCUCAAGGCUUUUUACCUCCACUUGCUGCAGCAGUUGGAGGUGUUGCCAGCCAGGAAGUAUUGAAAGCUGUGACAGGAAAAUUUUCUCCUUUGUGCCAAUGGUUAUAUAUUGAAGCAGCAGAUCUUGUCGAAUCAUUAGGCAAACCUGAACGUGAAGAAUUUCUCCCACGAGGAGAUAGGUACGAUGCUUUACGAGCCUGCAUUGGAGACUCUUUAUGUCAGAAACUACAAAAUUUGAACAUCUUUUUAGUAGGAUGUGGAGCCAUAGGCUGUGAAAUGUUAAAAAAUUUUGCUAUGCUUGGUGUUGGUACAGACAAAGAGAAAGGAAUGAUAACAAUAACAGACCCUGACUUGAUAGAAAAAUCCAAUUUAAAUAGGCAAUUCCUGUUUCGUCCUCAUCACAUACAGAAACCUAAAAGCUAUACUGCUGCUGAUGCAACGCUGAAAAUAAAUCCUCAGUUAAAGAUAGAUGCACAUUUGCAUAAAGUGUGUCCAGCUACUGAGACUAUUUACAGUGAUGAGUUCUAUACAAAACAGGAUAUCAUUAUUACAGCGUUAGACAAUGUGGAAGCUAGAAGAUAUGUAGACAGCCGUUGCUUAGCAAAUCUGCGACCUCUCUUAGAUUCUGGAACAAUGGGCACAAAGGGACAUACUGAAGUUAUUGUUCCUCAUUUGACUGAAUCUUAUAAUAGUCAUCGAGAUCCUCCUGAAGAGGAAAUACCAUUUUGUACUCUAAAGUCCUUUCCAGCUGCUAUUGAACAUACUAUACAGUGGGCCAGAGAUAAGUUUGAAAGUUCCUUUUCCCACAAACCUUCAUUGUUCAACAAAUUUUGGCAAAGCUAUCAUUCUGCAGAAGAAGUCUUACAGAAGAUACAAACUGGACACAGUUUAGAAGGCUGUUUUCAAGCUAUUAAGUUACUUAGCAGAAGACCUCGAAAUUGGUCCCAAUGUGUAGAAUUAGCAAGAUUAAAGUUUGAAAAAUACUUUAACCAUAAGGCUCUUCAGCUGCUUCACUGUUUCCCUCUGGAUACGCGAUUAAAAGAUGGCAGUUUGUUUUGGCAAUCACCAAAGAGACCUCCUUCCCCAAUAAAAUUUGAAUUAAAUGAACCUCUUCACUUAUCAUUAAUACUAAAUGCAAGCAAAAUAAUUGCUAACAGUUACCAGAUUUCAAUGUUAAAACAGGACUUAUCAGCAGAGGUCCUCUUGAAUAUUCUUUCUGAUGUAAAAAUUCAAGAAUUCAAACCAUCAAACAAGGUUGUGCAAACAGAUGAAACUGCACGGAAACCAGAUCAUGUUCCUAUUAGUAGUGAAGAUGAGAGGAAUGCUGUUUUCCAACUAGAAAAGGCUAUUUCAUCUAAUGAAGCUUCCAAAAGUGAUCUUCAGAUGGCAGUACUUUCAUUUGAAAAAGAUGAUGAUCGUAAUGGGCACAUAGAUUUCAUCACAGCUGCAUCCAAUCUACGUGCCAGGAUGUAUAGUAUUGAGCCAGCUAAUCGUUUGAAGACAAAGCGUAUAGCUGGUAAAAUUAUACCUGCUAUAGCAACAUCUACUGCUGCAGUGUCUGGCUUGGUUGCAUUAGAGAUGCUCAAAGUAGCUGGUGGCUAUCCAUAUGAAGCUUAUAAAAAUUGUUUCUUUAACUUAGCCAUUCCAAUUAUGGUGUUGACAGAGACAUCUGAAGUAAGAAAAACUGAAAUUAGAAAUGGUAUAUCAUUUACAAUUUGGGACAGAUGGAUUAUACAUGGCAAAGAAGAUUUCACCCUCUUGGAUUUCAUAAAUGCAGUUAAAGAAAAGUAUGGAAUUGAGCCAACAAUGGUGGUACAGGGAGUCAAGAUGCUUUAUGUUCCUGUCAUGCCUGGGCAUGCCAAAAGGUUAAAGUUAACAAUGCAUAAGCUUGUGAAACCUUCUACUGAAAAGAAAUAUGUGGAUCUUACUGUGUCAUUUGCCCCAGACACUGAUGGAGAUGAAGACUUACCUGGACCCCCAGUCAGAUACUACUUCAGUAAUGACACUGACUGACAGAAGUUUUAUUAG